AUGCCGAUCUGCAUUGAGUGCUCGUACCCGGUCUCCCAUCUGUAUAGCGCCUACAGCCGCGCCGACGAUCGAUCACUAGGCAAAGGCGUGCGCUUGACGCAAUGUCCGCGCUGCAAGCGAUUCGCCGACAAAUACGUCGAGUAUGAUUUCGUCGUUAUAUUUAUCGACCUUGUCUUAAUCAAGCCGCAGGUGUACCGCCAUCUCCUCUUCAAUCGCCUCGAAAGCGAUGAACAUAAGUUCGAUCGCUCAAUCAUCCGACUUGGAGUCCUUCUACUCCUCUUUGAUGUUUAUCUCACCUGGGCACGGAUCGAAAAGUCCCCGCUGAUUGAGACGACAUUCCUCUCUCGCGCUCCGAUUAUCAUCCAAUACCUCUUUUUUCUUACAUUGAACGCCUUAGCAACUCUUGCCCACCACCUCACAGUUCGCCUCCUCGCCUCAUUCAUUACUUUCUCAUCACAAUCUACACCUACAAAACAACCCACUGCUACCGCCAAUGCCGCUGCCACUGAAUCUCAAGCUCCGGUUCCCUCAAAUCCCACCACGCCAAUUCUUCCCUCCUUCCCUCAGCAAUUGGUGCAAGCACAACAAGCGUCCGCUCUGAGCCCGCCGAAGAGCACACCGCACAGCUCCGUGCAGGAACUUCCAGGUCUUGAGAAUCAACGACCUCGCCAGCCAUCACCUUCCAGUCCCCGCGACUCAUUCUGCGACUUGCGGCCGCCGUUGCGUCGUGCAUCCACAGGCCCUAUGCAAUCUUUCCAACAAUUAUCUCCCCCAUCUCAGGCUAGUCCAACAGCAAUAAGCACAGCGCUCUUUGUAAGCAGUUGUGCGAAACUUUUCCCGAUACUCCUGGUUAUAUGGGGGCCAGAUGGCCGCAUUUCCAGCUCAAACUCUACUCCCAGUUCAGGUUACGGUGCAAGCGCAGUUUCCACCCUACAGCCGAAUCCCGCCCAGAGAGCAGAAGGCGGAUCGGACCUCGUGGUAGCCGGUUCAGCCGGCUCCGGCUUAGCAGAAUCAUCGCCGUCCGUUUCCUCAUCCCUCCUGGAAGGCUUAAGCGCGGCUGACAUGCAUCUUGUCCUGCUGAGCAAUAUUGAAGCUCUUUACAUCCUCUUAGGGUGUGGAUAUUUGCGGGCGACGGCGCUGGCUGUCGCGGGGUUACUUGCUAGAUGGGCCGUGCAGAAGGUUAUUCUGGGGGUUGUUGGGGUGGAUAAUCUUCGAUUAUGCGGUCAGUCCAUGUGA